UCCGUGCCAAAUGGCCCAUGAUUUUAUAUCGGAAUGACCAAAAAUCCCAAUUCUUCGUCGCCUUAAAAUCACACUCCUUUUUUUUCUUUUUUUCUUUUUGCGCGCAAAAUUUAAAACCCUGAAUAUUAUUGAUCGCCACCGACGACGACUCCGCCACCGUCGCCGCCUAUGACGAACAAGAAAUCCAGUAAUUGUGCAAUUUGUGAGAAUUCGAAUCUCGCAUCCAUCUGUGCUGUCUGUGUCAAUUACAGAUUGAAUGAUUACAACAAUUCUUUGAAGGCACUAAAGAGUCGUCGCGAUUCCUUGUAUUCGAGAUUGAGUGAUGCGCUUGUCGCAAAGGGUAAGGCAGAUGAUCAACUAAAUUGGAGAGUGCUUCAAAAUGAGAAGCUCGUAAGGUUGAGGGAAAAGCUCCGGCGUAAUAAAGAACAACUUGCGCAAGGGAAGGCUAAGAUUGAGAAGACAUCCUAUGAUCUAAAAGUCAAGUAUGGGGUGCUUGAAUCAGCCCUCUCUAUGCUAGAAAAAAAUCGUGCUGAACAACUGGAGAAGUUCUAUCCUAAUCUUAUAUGCACUCAGAGCUUAGGGCAUGUAAGGAAAUUGAUGGCAAUUACAUCUGAACGUCUUCAUAAACAGUCGGUGGUUAUAAAACAAAUAUGCAAGUUGUUUCCCCAACGUCGGGUGACUGUAGACGCAAAGAGGAAAGACGGUUCUGGUGGUCAAUAUGACCAGAUUUGCAAUGCAUCGUUGCCAAGAGGGCUAGAUCCACACUCAGUUCCCUCAGAAGAUCUUGCUGCUUCUUUGGGAUAUAUGGUUCAACUCUUGAAUCUUGUUGUUCAGAACUUAGGUGCUCCAGCCCUUCAUAACUCAGGUUUUGCGGGUUCUUGCUCUCGUAUAUGGCAAAGAGAUUCUUAUUGGGAUGCACGCCCAUCUUCUCGGAGCAAUGAAUAUCCGCUAUUUAUUCCACGUCAAAAUUAUUGCUCUACUAGUGGGGAAAAUUCAUGGUCUGAUAGAAGCUCGAGUAAUUUUGGUGUUGCUUCAAUAGAAUCAGAGAGGAAACCCCGUCUUGAUUCUUCUGGAAGUAGUAGCUUUAAUUAUACUUCUGCUUCUGCACAUUCUGUUGAAACCCACAAAGAUUUGCAGAGAGGAAUUUCACUUCUCAAGAAAAGUGUGGCAUGCAUUACAGCAUACUGUUAUAACUCACUGUGUUUAGAUGUCCCUUCUGAGGCAUCUACCUUUGAAGCAUUUGCAAAGUUGCUGUCGACCUUAUCUUCUUCCAAGGAAGUCCAUUCAGUUUUUUAUUUAAAAAUGGCUUGUUCAAGGUCAUGUAAGCAAGUUCAACAAUUGAACAAAUCUGUAUGGAAUGUGAACUCUGCCAUAUCUUCGACCACUCUACUGGAUAGUGCACAUGCAAUGACAAUGACGAAAAACUUCUGUGAAAAUAAUAUUCCUAAUUAUGCCACCAGCUUCCUUUCUUCGACUGAGAUGUCUGAUUCUGGGAAGAAUGAAUGCAUGAUUGAAGGAUGGGAUCUUGUGGAACAUCCGACUCUUCCUCCACCAUCCCAAUCUGAAGAUAUUGAGCAUUGGACUCGAGCGAUGUUUAUUGAUGCAACAAAGACAUGAUUUGGUGCUAAUGCAGUCUUUCUUAUUGUAUGUCGAAGUUGAUACUUGAACAAAAGGUAAGACUGCAUGGACCAACAAGUCUGGGAAUGAACUUCGUUCAAUGUAAAUAGAAAUGAUCUCUGUGGUUGUUAUAUAUGUAAAUUAAAUAGAUUAAGGGUUUUUCCCCCCUUCAUUUUAUUGUUAUUACUAUAUCCUUGUUCAUAAGAUUCAUUAUGCUAUAUCCUUGGAUUCAAUCAAGAUAACAGGUGUAUUUAUGUUGCCAGUUUAAUGUAUAGAGGGUAUCCUUAAUUUUGGGUA